GGCGUCAAUGUCGUAAACCUCGCUGAAACUUGGCUGCAGUGGCCUGAUUGUACAAAUAAUCACGUACAACCGACUUGAAUGCGAGAGAUCUGGGAACAAAUGUCUAUUUUGGACAGUCGUUGAUGUUCAGGGGCAAACAAAGGCGAGAGUUUGCACCAAUCGCAGGCCACGGCGUAGCCACGUCGUUGAGUAUCGAGCGACGUGAUUGGCUGACGCGACGGAAGCGCACUCUCCAGCACAUCCACUGGAAAAGUUAGCGACAUUUUUUUUUUGUUUUUUUUUUUCAAAAAUGUUCUUUUCCUGCAAAGCACCGCGCGUCAUUUUCUAUAUUUGGAUGAUGUGCCUCCUUUUUGGGGAGAGGAAGAAGCACGUCGAUGAAUAACCAUCACAGCACCGGCUGCGUCGCCACAUUCGGACGUCGACGUUAAACAUUGGAGGACAUUAUUAUUAUUAUUAUUAUUAUUAUUCCUCUUCUAGAGUAAAGACACAGUUGGGAGCGCCGCCAUGCUGGGAAACGUCGGCGUGUACGCGGUGAAGAGGAGGAAGAAGCCCGUUCAGAAGAACGCCUCGCACCCGCCCGUCAAAAGCAACCCGUCCAAGCGCCACCGGGACCGCCUCAACGUGGAGCUGGAGCGCCUGACCAGCCUGCUGCCCUUCUCCGAGGCGGUGCGCGGCCGCCUGGACAAGCUGUCGGUGCUGCGGCUCAGCGUGGGCUACCUCAAGGUCAAGAACUACUUCCACGAGGGACUCCACAGCAAAAGCGCCGCGCGCCCUGUGGACGACCGGGCGGUGACCCUGGACGGCGUCAGGUUCUCGGAGGGCGAGUUCCUCCUGAAGUCGCUCAGCGGCUUCGUCCUGGUGGUGACGAGAGACGGCACCAUCUUCUACACCUCGCCCACCAUCCAGGACUUCCUGGGCUUCCAUCAGUCCGAUGUGGUGCAGCAGAGCAUCUUGGACCUGGUCCACGUUGACGACCGAGAACUGUUCAGCUGCCAGCUGCAGCCCGGGGUCCAGCUGGGCGACGCCAGUGAGUCUCAAGCUCCCAUGUUGCCAACGGAGGACUCCUUUUUCCUGGAGAGAAGUUUCUGCUGCCGCCUUCGCUGCCUGCUGGACAACACGUCUGGAUUCUUGGCGCUCAAGUUCUCCGGCCACCUGAAGUACCUGAAGGAGGCGGCGGACAAGGGGAAUCCCCCGCUGGCUCUCUUCGCCAUCGCCACGCCUCUGCAGCCGCCGUCCGUCAUGGAGAUCCGCACCAAGACGCUCAUUUUCCAGACCAAACACCGCAUGGACUUUGCGCCCAUGGCCGUGGACAGCAGGGGCAAGCUGGUGUUGGGCUUCUCUGAGACGGAGUUGAUCAUGCCGGGGUCCGGCUAUCAGUUCAUCCACGCCGCCGACAUGAUGUACUGCGCCGACAACCACGUCAGGAUGAUGAAAACCGGGGACAGCGGCUUCACUUUCUUCCGCCUGCUGACCAAAACCAGACAGUGGCUGUGGGUCCAGGCCUCCGCCAGGGUGGUCUUCAAGGACGGGAGGCCCGACUUCAUCAUCGCUCGGCAGAAACCUCUCUCUAAUGAAGAAGGAGAGGAACAUUUCCAGAAGAGAAGACAGCAGCUGCCCUUCAAUGUGACCUCGGGAGAAGGUGUCCUCUAUGACCUGGACCCCUUCACCAUCCCCGCCCUCCAGGAGCCCCCCCUGGAGGCCCCCGGCUCCAUCCUGGGCUCCUUACGCCGCCAGGACCGCUCUCUCUAUUCCCAGGCGCAGGACCCCGACCCGCCCCAGCAGCCCCUGGAGAUGGCCUUCCUGGACAGCCGUGCUCUGCUCAGCGUGCCGGGUCAGGCGCGCUCGCCUCGGGACGUCGGGGACCUCACGUCGCGGGUGAUGCUGGACUCGCUGGAGCAGAUCCUGGCGGACAUCGGGGACGGCUUCCUGGACGGGCUGGAGGUGGAUCAGCGGGAGCUGAGGGACUGGGAGAGCACGAUCCUGAGGAUGAAUGAAGAGAGAGAACUGAAUCACAUCCUGGCCAACGACGUGUUCUCCUACGUGGAGGAGGCGCUCCUGAAAGAGAAGGGAGGAGAUCUGACGGUGCCUUCGGACUCUUCGCAGCAGACUUUGACACAUUUGGACCGAGGACGGGAACCUCUAUGCCAUCCAGACAUGUCCCUGGGACACAUGUGGCCCGAGAGCGAGGGCGCUUACCAGGGGGCUCCUGGACUCUCCCGCCAUCUUGAGACGCCCCACAUGACCGAUGAGACUUGGCUUCCUUCGGCGGCCAACUCCACCUUCCACUACACGGACUCGCACUCGCCACCCUCGUGGCCUCGCCGUCAUCGCCACACGCCGGCGUCCGGCAGCUGCGUGUUUGAGCGCGGCCCAGCCCCCCAGGUGGGCGCCCACCCCGCCUUCGCCCACCCGCACGCGGCGGGAGGAGCGUGGAAUCCCGCCGCAGGUGAGAUGCACGCCGGCGCGCAUCGUCACGCCAGCGGCGAGAUCUCGGGGCGUCCGCUUGAAAACGGAUCGUCGCCGUCCGCCAUCUUCUGCUGGAACGGUCAAGCUCAGCAGACCUGGUCCAGUGUGAGUCCAACUGAAUCCCAGAUGAAUCCAGCAAGACUUUUCCCUCCUCCCCAGAUUCCCAAAGUGCCUGUGAACCAUUACGUCUUCCCAGCGCGUCCUGCUGGAGGACUCAACCUCUCCCAAAAACCUUAACCCUCCAGUCCCAGACUCCAGCCGGACCUGCGCCAGUAAAGCAGAAAAGAGCCUUCUCAUUUCAAAGGGAGCGUCGCUCUUUUUUUUUUUUAGUUUCUUUCUUUUUUCAAGAGGGGAAUUCUGUUGAAGUCGUCAUCUCCCUCUCGUGGAGCAGGAAGUACAGAGUCCAGACCAGAAGAAAGGCUGUGAUGUAUUGAUGUGGUUUAUUCAACCCUGGCAAUCAUGAUGGACUCUGCAGACUGGGAGGAGGAUCAUCAUUCACUGGCUAGCAAAAAGCAGACAUGACACGAACUCCAGUCUUUGAAACUCUGUGGCCCUCGCAGAGAACACAUGGUAGUUAGACAGCAAGCAGAGAGAAAACUGAAUGAUGGAAUCAACUUGUGAACAUUUGCAUCACUUCGCCUGCAGGUAAAAAGGAGGGCUGUUGCAGCAGGUGGAUUGACAUGAAUCAUGGCUCCAGGGCCCGAAGGAUGGUUCAAGAUUGUUCGUCUCCAUUCCAAAUCCACUCUUCAUUUCCAAAAAUGGAUCAAAAUCACAAACUACAUUUAAAAAAAAAUAAAGAGAUACACUAUAUUGCCAAAAGUAUUUGGCCUCCCAUCCAAAUGAUGAGAAUCGGGUAUCCUAAUCACUUGGCCCGGUGUAUCAAAUCAAGCACUUAAGCAUGGAGACUGUUUCUACAAACAUUUGUGAAAGAAUGGGCCGCUCUCAGUGAUUUCUCAGUCAUAGGAUGCCACCUGUGCAACAAAUCCAGUCGUGAAAUUUCCUCGCUCCUAAAUAUUCCAAAGUCAACUUUAUUAUAAGAAACUGAAAGAGUUUGGGAACAACAGCAACUCAGCCAGCAAGUGGUAGGCCAGGUAAAGUGACAGAGAGGUCAGCAUAGUGCAAAGACUUUCUGCACAGUCACUUGCUACACAGCUCCCUUCCAAUUAGCCCACGUACAGUAUGCAGAGAGCUUCAUGGAAUGGGUUUCCACGGCCGGGCAGCUGCAUCUAAGCCAUACGUCACCAAGUCCAAUGCAAAGGGUGGGAUGCAGUGGUGUAAAGCACGUCGCCACUGGACUAGAGCAGUGGAGACGCCUUCUAUGGACUGUUUAGUCACGAUUUACCAUCUGGCAAUCUGAUGGACCUGUCCGGGUUCGGAAGUUGCCAGGAGAACGCUACAUUUCGGACUGUGAAAUUUGGUGGAGAAGGAAUUAUGGUAUGGGGUUGUUUUGCAGGAGUUAGUUCCAGUGAAAGGAACUUUGAAUGCUCCAGGAUACCAAAAAUAUUUAGGACAAUUCCAUAGGAUGGCACUUCAGGUUCAUAUGUGAGUACAGGUAGGUGGCCAAAUACUUUUGGCAAUAUAGUGUAUUAUUUAUAUUUAUAAUUUAUAUUAUUAUUAAAAUGGUGUCCAAAAAAUGUAUUUUCGAAUUGAUCGCGAUUUUUAUUUUUUUUUGUAACUAUUCUUAGGCUUGAAUUAAAAAAUUAAAUUUGGUUUAAAAAAAAAAUAAUAAUAAUAAUAAUGAUUGUUUUUAAUGAGUUUUUUC